GGCUCAACAGACACGACCACGGGCAUGACGUCCCCUGUGAUUGCGACAGACUAUCUGACAGACGCCUCUUCUGACUCUGAGGUCGCUCCGAACACUUUUAUUUCUGGCCGGCCGCCGUGGUACGACGCAGAUGGCGCGCUGCAGACGCCGUUUGUGGUCGGCCUCGCGGGAGGUACGGCGUGCGGAAAGACCUCGGUGUGCAAGCGCAUCAUUUCUGAGCUUGAUCUGCCGUGGUGCACCUUCCUCUCGAUGGACGUGUUCUACAAGGACCUGCCGGCGGGAACGGAUCCGUCCGAGUACAACUUUGACCACCCGGACGCGGUGGACUGGGAGCUGAUGCUGCAGACGCUGACGGACCUGCGUGACGGCAAGGCGGUGCGUGUGCCGGUCUACGACUUUACCACCAACUCGCGCAAGCACUGGGUGCCUGUCUACGGCGCCGACGUCAUUCUCUUUGAGGGCCUCUUUGCCCUCUACGACGAACGCGUCCGCGAGCUGCUCGACCUCAAGAUCUACGUCGACGCCGACCCGGACGUGCGGCUGGCGCGCCGGCUGCGGCGCGACCAGAUCGACCGCGGGCGGACGGUGACGAGCAUCCUCGCCCAGUACGAGCGGUUUGUUAAGCCGGCGUUCCACACGUUUAUUGCGCCGACGCUCAAGCACGCUGACAUUGUGCUGCCGUACGGGCGUGACAGCAACUCGGUCGGCGUCGACCUCAUUGUCCGCACCAUCCGGACGACCCUGACCGAGCGCGGGGUGCCGACUCGUGAGGUGCUGCGGACCCGCGCCCUUGCCACUGACCACGAGCUCCUCCCGCCGUCGUUCCACCUCCUCGAGGGCAAGCAGAUCACGGCCAUGCUCACUGUUCUCCGCGACGCGUCGACGCCGCGCGACCAGUUUGUCUUUUACGCCCACCGCCUCUCACGGCUACUCGUCGAGGAGGCUUUGUCGUACCUUCCCAUGCAGGACCUGACCGUCGUCACCCCGACCGGCGCCGAGUACCACGGCAAGGCGCCGGCGAGCAAGAUCUGCGGCGUCUCCAUCAUCCGGGCCGGCGAGGCCAUGGAAAAGGCUCUGCGCGAAGUGGCCCAGGACGUGCGCCUCGGCAAGAUCCUCAUCCAGCAGAACCACGCCAAGCAGCCGUUCCUCUACUACAAGUCGCUGCCGGCAGACAUCGGCUCGCGCUCAGUCCUCCUUCUCGACCCCGUCUCAGGCACCGGAGCCACCGCAGAAAUGGCUGUCCGCCUCCUGCUCGACCACCACGUCCUCGAGGAGAACAUCUACUUCCUCUGCCUCGUCGCUGCAGUCCCGGCCGUCGUCCACCUCGCGUACCUCUUCCCCAAGCUUACCAUCGUCGCCACCGCCCUCGAUGACCUCGUCGACGAAAUGUUCUACGUCCGUCCGGGCGUCGGCAACUUCGGCGCCCGCUUCUACGGCGACUAUGCCGAGCGCGACGUGCUCGGCCUGCCCACCACCGGUGGCGGCUCGCGCGUCCCGCUCCUCGACCGGGACCUCAUCACCUCGCUCUCUGCCUCGUCUGCCGUGCCCUCGGGCGAGAGCGAGCUGGGCAUCUCCACCGCCCGCUCCUCCAUCCCUUCAAUGUCGAUGAGCGCCGUCAACUCGCCGAACACCUCGCCGCGGUAAACCGUAACCGAGGGAGACAACGACUGUUUAUGUAGAUACUCGCUCGUCCACCCUCACUACCACUAAAGGUGUCACUUAAUGU